UGUUACUUAACUUCUAUGGACAUUUGAUGGCGGACGCAGUUUUCUUCUACUUCUAAGGUUUUAUUCGAAUAAUUUGAAAAAAAAAAAUGGAUGUUGAAACAAAUUUAGUUAAUGAAUUUGAGAGGUUUAGAAAGAGAUGUAUUGAAUUAGAAGAAAAGAACAAAAAAGAUGAAACAAGGUGUUUGAUGUUGGAAAAUGAAGUUGAAAUUUUAAGAAAACGGAACGAGGAACUCGAGCGAAAGAUCGUUAUGAUUCAAAAUGUUGUGAAUGAUGGAGAUUGGGAAUUAGAAGAAAAUGAUAAGUUUGUUCAGUUAAUGAUUGAGAAUAAAGUGUUAGAAUGUGAGAAAAGAAAGGCGGAAACUGAUCUUUGUACUUGUAAGGAGAAGGUUAAGAAGUUGGAGGCGCGGGUUAGUGAGUUGGAAGCGAAUUUGAAUGAGAAAGUUAUGGAGGAGGAUGUUAAUAAUGUGGUGAUGUUGAAGAGGACUAAUGAUGGAUUUCAUGGAAAAGUUAGAAAGAGGUUAUCGUUUGAGGAAGAAACCGAGGGGUGUGGUUCUAAUAAGAAGAUUGCUCCGUCUACUCCUGGUGAGGGUUGGACCCCGUUUUCUGGUGUUAUUGAUAUUAGUGACGAAGAAGAUGUGAAUGAGUUUAAAGGUGGUUUGUUGAGUACUAAAAGUGGUGAAAGAGAAACGGCUGAUAAGAUUGUUGUUGGUGGUAAUGAUGAGAAUAGUAAGACGGACAAAGGACAUAAGGGUAGUUUUGUAGUUGGGUUAUCGAAUACCGGAAGUGCUAAAAGAGAAAGGGGUGUGAAGGUUGUGACGAGUGAUGAUGUGAAUGGUGAGUUGGAUGAUGAAGAUAUGGAUAACUUUGAAGUUCGUUCUUCGAAUACCAAAAGUGGUAAACGAAAAAGGGCUACCAAGAUUGUUACAAGUGAUGAUGAGGAUGAUGGUUAUGAUGACAAUGCUCUUAUUUGCACACUGAUCAAGACACCGCAUAGUUCUAAGUUAAGAGCAGAUUCUGAAGGUGAGGUCAAAGAAGAAUCAAGUAAGAAACGCCUAACAAGGCUAAGAAAUUUGAAAUCCGAAAACAUACAGGAUGCAAGCGGUUUUGAUUUGAAGGAAAAUGUUUGUCUUCAUGGAAAUGUUUCUAGUGAGGAGGAGUCAGAGAGUGAAGGGGAAAGCUUGGAUGGAUUUAUUGUUGAGAGUUCUGAAAAUGAAAGUGUUUCUGACUCUGAUUCUGGAAGUGAUUAUAGUUAUGAUCAAUCUGAAGAUGGGCUAGAUGACUUUAAAGAAACCUUAAAAAAGAUUGGGAGAAAGAAAGGUUCAAAUUUAAAUUGGGAUCUGGAGGGAGAUAUGUUAGCUGAUUUUGGCAAAGACCCCAAGUUGUGUAUGAGGGCGGUAUGUGUUCUGUAUAGGCAACAAACAGCAGAUGAGAAAGCGUCCAAAGGAACAUUUCAUCAUAAUGCGAGAGGGUUUAGCCAGACUGAUGCAUUCAGGGCUAGUAAAUUAGCUGAGUUUCUUACGGAUGGAGACUCUGCUGGUGAUCUGAAUAAAACAGUGCAACAGCUAAAACGAUAUGACUCGAAAGGGAUCCCAUUAUGCAUGGAACUUGCAGCAAAAUACUCUAAGCAGUUAUUUCAAAUUUACAAGAACAAGGAAGAUCGUUAUUUCAGGCCACAAUGAUAAGUUUUUGCCUGGACCGUCAUGCUUAAGAUUUGUGGAUCCGGCUUUGUUGUUUAUUUGAUUAGUUUCAUCCUGUAUAUGCACGUUAUGCGGUGAUAGUAGCAUCUAGUAGUAAGAAAUGAUUAGAUAAUGUCAUUUGGCUUUAUGGUCAACAAAAUUCUAUCUUAAUGUGAAUAUUUUGUUUCCAAGUCAUAUUGAAGGUUUCUGUAGUUUA